AUGGUUGAAGAAACUUCCUGUGACGGUUCAAAGAGGAAACAUUGCAACGGUGGUGAAGAAACUCACCUCGAUGAGCUUAGCAAUGGAGACAAUGGGGUUUCAUCAUCAAAGAGAGCUAGGGUUUCAAGAGGAGAAAUGACGUUUCAGGAUAUCUACGGUGCAGAGACGUUGCUGAAUGAAGAAGAUGAGGAGGAUGAUAGUGAUUGGGAGCCUAUGCAGCAGACGAUGAUGCCCGUUGAGUUUGUGAAAUGGUGUUGCGUUAAUUGUACUAUGGCGAAUCCUGGUGAUAUGGUUCAUUGUUAUAUAUGUGGUGAGCACAAGGAGUCUGGCAUCCUGAGGCAUGGCUAUUUGGCAUCACCGUUUUUCAAAGACACUGGUCUCAUUGAAGUCGAAGAGAAAUGUGGAGGAAAUUCAUCUGCAACCAGCUCAACAGCUGUUGGUUUCGACGAGAGAAUGUUGCUACACUCGGAAUUCGAAGUGAAGCCACAUCCACAUCCCGAGAGACCUGAUCGUCUUCGAGCUAUAGCUGCUAGUCUUGCCACAGCUGGUAUAUAUCUAUCAGUUUGCCAUAUUAAUACCCUUGAAAGUAGUUUUUGUAUUCACAACGUUUCAAAACUUGCAGGCGUCUUCCCUGGAAGAUGUAUGCCUAUUCAUGCAAGGGAGAUCACGAAACAAGAGCUCCAGAUGGUCCACACUUCAGAGCAUGUGGACGCUGUUAAUAUCACAAGCCAGCUUCUCUACAGCUACUUCACCUCUGACACAUAUGCUAAUGAGUAUUCAGCACGUGCUGCUAGACUUGCAGCAGGUUUGUGCGCUGAUUUAGCUACAGAAAUUUACUCUGGCCGUGUGAAAAAUGGUUUCGCUUUGGUUAGACCUCCCGGUCACCAUGCUGGCAUCAAACAUGCUAUGGGGUUUUGCCUUCACAAUAAUGCAGCUGUUGCUGCAUUAGUAGCACAGGCAGCAGGGGCAAGGAAGGUGCUGAUUGUGGACUGGGAUGUCCAUCAUGGAAAUGGAACCCAGGAGAUAUUCGAGCAAAACAAAUCUGUAUUGUACAUUUCCUUGCACAGACAUGAAGGGGGAAACUUUUAUCCUGGUACUGGAGCUGCUGAUGAGGUUGGUACAAAUGGUGGUGAAGGUUAUUGUGUAAAUGUUCCAUGGAGCUGUGGUGGAGUUGGUGAUAAAGACUAUAUCUAUGCCUUUCAGCAUGUUGUUCUACCAAUAGCUUCUGCAUUUUCUCCUGAUUUUGUCAUCGUAUCAGCUGGAUUUGAUGCGGCUAGAGGAGACCCAUUAGGAUGCUGUGAUGUAACUCCAGCUGGUUAUUCUCGAAUGACACAGAUGUUGGGUGAUAUCUGCGGUGGGAAAAUGCUAGUUAUUCUCGAGGGCGGGUACGUUUUCUGAAUAGUCUCUUGUUUGCAAGGGGGUAGCUUCUAAAGCUCUUUCUCCUUUUGGUCAUUAUUUGCAGCUACAAUCUUCGCUCCAUAUCUUCUUCUGCUACUGCAGUGAUCAAGGUUCUUCUUGGUGAAAAUCCUGAGAACGACGACUUGCCUAUAGCUACCACGCCUUCAAAAGCCGGCUUGGAGACUGUUCUUGAUGUAAUGAAUAUCCAAAUGAAGUUCUGGCCAUCACUUGCUACCGCAUACUCCAAGUUACUCUCAGAGUGGGAAACACGUCUUAUCGAAAACAAAAAGAACCACCAGGUGAAAAGGAAGCUGCUUCGUGUUCCUACUUGGUGGAAAUGGGGAAGGAAGAAGUUUAUGUACAGGUUUCUCUCUGCUCGUAUGACUUCAAGCUGAAAAAGAUGGUAGAACACAAUCAUCCUGAUCCCUCUUAGCAAUUGUAUUCUAACUCAAGUCUUUUGGUACCACGAGAA